UAUCGGUUAAUAAAAAAAAUAAUACCGUUUAAUAAAAGGUUAUUCCUAGCCCUUUUUAGAUAUUAUAAUCUAAACUAUACUAUUUUAAUUAAACUAAGUAUUUUAUGUUAUUAUAAAAUCUAUUUUAAAAUAAUAAAUUUAAUUAUUUUUAAUAAACAAAAAGUAUAA